AUAUUUACUUGUCGUCUUACACACCUCAAGGGUUUCAUUUCUAUCGCUGUCGUAUCCACUCGCUAUGAUGUCCGGACUUUUACAGAAAUCAAUCAUUGCGACGAUCGCGUUGUAUUCAACGUACCUUACGACGGCCUUUUCGCUGUCGGCACCGACUCUCGCGCGCCCGCAAUCGUCGACUGUUUUGUCCAUGGCAACCGAUGGUGGCGAUCAGGAUUUUAUGCGGUGGGCUCGAGCUUCCCGUUCCGCACAAUCCGAAGAUAAUGUGGUCGAACUACUCCGUCCGCUCGGUCUGGUUCUAAAUGAAGAUGAGCAGGGGAACGUGUACGUGGAAACCGUCGCACCAAAAGGCAACGCCGCACGAGCCGGCAAGAUCAAAGAAGGUGACAUUGUCACAAUGUGCAGCGCGACUUUCGGCGACGACAUGUGGAGUACACGAGGCGUCGGUCUCACCCGUGUCUUGGCCGCCAUUCGGGUCCGGGCAGGAGCCAAGGUGAAGCUGGUGGUGGAAAGUCCGGCCAAAGCCAAAAAGAAGCGGACGGAAACAACAAAACAGAUCCAAGUUCGGGAAGAAGCCCAAAAGGCGGCACAGCGGAAAAAAGACUCGUUGCUGGCCGAGUUGGAACAGGAUGAGAAAAAGUUGAAAAAAGGGGGCAAAUUCUUUGGCUUGUUUUAAGCUAUGUCUGGUCGAAUUCAAGUUGCGAUCAAACUCCAAGGAAUACUAAGAAGAAAUUUAACAAAACGCUAACAGUAAUAGUAACUGUAUUACAAAG